UUUGCAGAGUCCUGAAAAAAUACUAGGCUUGCCAGUUGGAGAACGGGAGGCAGGGCAUUCCAAGUUGAAGAAACACCACAUACAAAGGCAGAGUCCUGAAAACAUAAGGUCUCUGCUGCUGACGAAGCUGUGACCAAACGCACCCAACCCUUGGCAGCCAUCUGUCCCUGCAGCCAUAGCCCACAUUCCCAUGCCCUCCCUCUGCUUGUUUUGGGACCAUGUCUGUACAGCCUCUAGGCCCCAGCCCCGGAGGUGAAUGCCAUGCCAUGACUCUGGUGUGCCCCAUGGCAUCCCCAGCCUAGCUCCCAUUCCCACUUUGGCACGAUGUUAGCCAACAGCUCCUCAGCCAACAGUUCUGUUCUCCCCUGUCCUGACUACCGACCUACCCACCGCCUGCACUUGGUGGUCUACAGCUUGGUGCUGGCUGCCGGGCUCCCCCUCAACGCGCUGGCCCUCUGGGUCUUCCUGCGCGCGCUGCGCGUGCACUCGGUGGUGAGCGUGUACAUGUGUAACCUGGCGGCCAGCGACCUGCUCUUCACCCUCUCGCUGCCCGUUCGUCUGACCUACUAUGCACUACAUCACUGGCCCUUCCCCGACCUCCUGUGCCAGACGACGGGCGCCAUCUUCCAGAUGAACAUGUACGGCAGCUGCAUCUUCCUGAUGCUCAUCAACGUGGACCGCUACGCCGCCAUCGUGCACCCGCUGCGACUGCGCCACCUGCGGCGGCCCCGCGUGGCGCGGCUGCUCUGCCUGGGCGUGUGGGCGCUCAUCCUGGUGUUUGCCGUGCCCGCCGCCCGCGUGCACAGGCCCUCGCGUUGCCGCUACCGGGACCGCGAGGUGCGCCUAUGCUUCGAGAGCUUCAGCGACGAGCUGUGGAAAGGCAGGCUGCUGCCCCUCGUGCUGCUGGCCGAGGCGCUGGGCUUCCUGCUGCCCCUGGCGGCGGUGGUCUACUCGUCGGGCCGAGUCUUCUGGACGCUGGCGCGCCCCGACGCCACGCAGAGCCAGCGGCGGCGGAAGACGGUGCGCCUCCUGCUGGCUAACCUCGUCAUCUUCUUGCUGUGCUUCGUGCCCUACAACGCCACGCUGGCGGUCUACGGGCUGCUGCGGAGCAAGCUGGUGGCGGCCAGCGUGCCUGCCCGCGAUCGCGUGCGCGGGGUGCUGAUGGUGAUGGUGCUGCUGGCCGGCGCCAACUGCGUGCUGGACCCGCUGGUGUACUACUUUAGCGCCGAGGGCUUCCGCAACACCCUGCGCGGCCUGGGCACUCCGCACCGGGCCAGGACCUUGGCCACUGACGGGACGCGGGCGGCGCUGGCGCAAUCCGAAAGGUCCGCUGUCACCACCGACGCCAUCAGGCCGGAUGCCGCCAGUCAGGGGCUGCUCCGACCCUCCAACUCCCACUCUCUGUCUUCCUUCACACAGUGUCCCCAGGAUUCCGCCCUCUGAACGCACAUCAGGCCAUAGCGCUGUCCGUGCCCGACUCCCAACGCCUCUCGUUCUGGGAGGCUUGCAGGGUGUACACACAAGAAGGUGGGCUGGACACUUGGACCUUUGGGUGGCAAUUCCAGUUUAGCAACGCAGAAGAGUACUAAGUGUGGAAGCCAGGGCCCGGGGAAGGCAUUGCUGCUGGAAAUGGCUUCUUUAAACUGUGAGCACGCAGAGCACCCCUUCUCCAGUGGUGGGAAGUGAUGCAGAGAGCCCACCCGUGCCUUUGGGUGGGCAGGGAAUUAAACUGCUAAAAGCUGGUUAGAUGGAACAGAAAAUGGGCAUUCUGGAUUUAAACCGCCACAGAGGCCUGAGAGCCGAAGAGCCCCAGGUUUGGUGGACAAAGCUACUGAGAUGCUUGUUCAUCUGCUGACUUCUGUCUAGGAUCAUGGAUGCCACCCCCUUUCAUUUCGGCCUAGGCUUCCCCUGCUCACCAUUGAGGCCUAAUACAAGAGUUCCAUAUGGACAGAACUAGAUUCUUUCUCGCAGUGACUUGUGACGAUUUAGACUUGGCAUCUAGCGUGGGGUAGUUGGGGCAAGGCAAAACUGACUCAGAGUUUCCCCCUCAACAAAAUCCAAGUCCAAACCCUUUUUAGGUUAUCCUUUCUUCCAUCACAUCCCCUUUUCCAGGCCUCCUCCAUUUUAGGUCCUUAAUAUUCUUUCUCUUUGCCUCGCCUCUCUCCUCUUCUCUCUCUCUCCCUCUCUCUCCUUUGUCCAGAGUAAGGAUAAAAUUAUUUCUACUAAAGCAUUGGUUCUCAAACUUUUUGGUCUCAGACCCCACUCUUAGAAAUUGAAGAUCUCAAACAGCUUUGCUUAUAUUUUGUUCUUUUGAUACUUACCAUACUAGAAAUUAAAGCAAAUACAUUUUUAAAUACACAUGCACACAUUA